GUCCAACGUUGCACAAGAUGUAGCCAGCCGACCGACGGCAGGACAAGCAUCCAUGACAUCAAUUAAUGUACAACCUGCCUCAGUUGGCAACUUGCGAUGAAGACCCCCGCCACCACCCACGUCAUUGCCCUCGUGGCCACCGCCUGCAGUCAUGUCGUGUACGGCGACACCACCACCCUCCACAACGCAACCCAUCCGGAUGGGAGGAUUGGUCCAGUGUUUCAGUUUGACUUUGACCAUGUUGGCGGGCUCCCCUCGCAGGAACAAUUGAUCGUGCUGUCGAAAUGGUCGCCGUCCGAACUGUCGUCGUUCGCAGACUCCUUCCUCAGUCCACGUAGCCCCCGCCACAACAAGAGAUCGUUCUCAUUCCGUCGCCCGAGUUCCAUGAACCUCAACUUCACCGCCUGCGACGCCGAUGACUAGAUACUGUAGCUUCCGUCGAUGAUAGGAUGGAUACAUAAUAUAUAUAUAUAUAUACUGUAUAUGCACUCA